AUGUCCCAAUGAGACCGAAAGCACAGAAUCAUUGCUCCCUCCCCUGCACGAACAAAGCUGGUAUCAUUAGCAGAGAGAUUCAGAGCACGCGUUAACUGAUGCAUUGAUUACCACAGCUGUAACCCAAUCACUGAUCACUUCUCUCUCUCUCUCUCUCUCUCUCUCUUAUCUCCAUGUGAUUUAUUGUUUUUCCUUUUCCGUUUAGGCAACUCUCUUGUUUCGUUCAGCUUCCACUCUGUGUUCUCCAUGGCUGCUGCUACUACUCUCUCUCUCUUCUUCUUCACUAUCUUUCUUGUUCUCACCCCAAUAAUCAAUGCCCAGGUGGAAGAAACUGGCUUGAAGAUAAUGGCGGACGCGCUAGAAUGGCCAAUGGCGAUGUCCAUGUACAACGAUUUGGAGGAGGAUGGUGAUGGGUUGGUAGAUUUGGAUGGUAAUGAGGAGAUGGGUGGGCGUAGAUCAUUGUUCUGGAGAAGAGUACAUUACUAUAUCUCGUAUGGUGCUCUCGCUGCUAAUAGGAUUCCUUGCCCUCCACGUUCUGGGAGAUCUUACUACACUCAUAAUUGCUUCAAGGCUAGAACCCCUGUUAACCCUUACACCAGAGGAUGUUCUAGGAUCACUCGUUGCAGGAGAUGAGAUGAGCCUCCAUUUUUUACUCCGUUAUAUGUGUUUUUGGUUAAUGAGGUACGUGCGUAUGUGUUUGUGAGUGAAUUUGUUUGUGGGUUUUUGAUGAUUAGUGAGAGGAUUUGCAGUGCUAUAUUAAUGAUCUAUCGAUGAACAAUGUGAUUGUAGUACAAUUGUUGUUACUGUAAUUUAGAAGUGGUUUCUUGUUUGUUUA